AUGCUGGAAAUCGCCGAGGAGCUGAUGCGGCUCGGGGAACUGAGGGAUAGCGGGAAAUUCGGAGGGAGGGAUUUGGAGGACGGGACGUUCACGCUGUCGAAUAUCGGAAGUAUCGGGGGCAGAAUUGCCAAUCCGGUGGUGUUCGCGCCGCAGAGUUGUAUUGGUGCGCUCGGUGCGGUGAGGAAACGGGCAGUGGUUGACGAUAGCAGCGCAGAGGUUGUAGUGAGGGACAUGGUGACGGUGUCGUGGGCGGCGGAUCACAGGAUUGUGGAUGGGGCGACGAUGGCUAUGUUCAACAGGAGGUGGAAGGAGUUUGUCGAGGGGCCGGAGGGGAUGUUGGCGCACAUGAAAUAA